UUAUAAGUUAAAAUGUCAAGUGAAAAUAAAAAACACAAUCCAUAAACAUGGCGGGCGGUGAAGUGGAACUCGCUCAAUCUGCAUCUGAUGGAGGCGAUACUAUAUUUGGAAAGAUAUUGAGAAAAGAAAUUCCAGCUAAAUUCGUUUACGAAGAUGACCAGUGUGUCGCAUUCAACGAUGUGAACCCUCAAGCUCCUACCCACAUCCUCGUCAUCCCCAGGAAACCGAUCUCACAGCUUUCUAAAGCUGAAGAUGCUGAUGAACAACUCUUAGGUCAUCUGUUAGUCGCAGCUCGUAAGGUUGCAGCUCAACAAGGUCUGGACAAAUCUGGCUUCCGUUUGGUGAUUAAUGAUGGAAAGAAUGGUGCACAAAGUGUUUACCAUUUGCACAUUCACAUUUUAGGAGGACGCCAAAUGCAAUGGCCUCCUGGUUAAAAAAAAAAUAUUGCUAUAGUCUGUGAUUAAUAAAUCAAAUAUUGUUAAAUGA